CGACGCGGCUUGCCGCCUCUCAGCGGCCUCGGGCGCUGGGACGCGGCAAGCAGCGGCGACGGCGGCGGCGGGUCCCUCCCACCCGGAGUCGCCCAGGCGCCUCCUCCGCUCCCUCCCUCGGUCGCCGCCGCUGUGAGUCACGACGACGGAGGGAGGAGGAGGAGGAAGAAGAAGAGCAGAAGCAGCAGCGGCCGCUUAUAUACACACACACACCGUUCGGCGUUUCUCUCCCCUCAGGCGCAGAAGGAGGCUCAGCCGCUCCAAGUGCUGAGAGGACGAGGGCACGAUCCUGCCUCUGCUUCCCUCCUUGUCUACGCGGGAGGGCCACUCGAGGGCUCCUCCCAGACCCAGUAACAACAACAACAUCAUUACUAUUAUUACUAGUGCUGCUGAUAACUGCUGCUGCUGCCGCCGCCGCCACUUCAGGGUGGCAUUUUGCAGUGUUUCCAAGUUGUGAUAACCAAGGCGAGGCGAAUAGUCCAGGGAGCAUUUCUCCAUUUUAACAGAGCCAGGUGGAGCCCUGCAUGCUUUUCCCUAAGCGCAGAUUGCAUCUUUGAUUCCUCCUUCCUUGGCUGUUCUUGAUUAAACAUUCUCAUAGCCUGAGAUUACUAGGCAAGCAGAAGUCUCAGGAACUGGGAAGAGGGGAAUGAACCGUGAGGGUGUCCCCGGGAAGAGUCCGGAGGAGAUGUAUAUUCAGCAGAAAGUCAGAGUCCUGCUAAUGCUUAGGAAGAUGGGAUCAAAUUUAACCACCAGUGAAGAGGAGUUCUUGAGAACGUACGCAGGGGUAGUGAAUAGCCAACUUAGCCAACUUCCUCAGCAUUCAAUUGAUCAGGGUGCUGAGGAUGGGGUGAUGGCAUUUUCCAGAUCGGAGACUGAAGACAGACGGCAGUAGCUUGAGGGGCUGUUGGAGCAAUUCAGAGCUGGAGCAGGGCAAAUAAGCUCUAGGAAAUCGAGGAAGAUGGCCGGACAAUCAUGAGUUCCUUUGCCCUCCCCUGAUUUUUUUUGUCUUGUCCCGUGGUAGCCUUCCCCAACCCAUUGAAUUCAGUUUUCCUGUUAUCUGACCUUCUGAAUGCAUUUCACAGCCGUCUGUUCUGUAUGCCCUGUUGGUGGGUCAGCAAGGCAGUUUAAAUCAAGGACAACUCUAGGAAUGCUUUCAUGAUUGGCUCAAAAAAAAAAAAAAGCGGACUCCGAUUGGCUAGCUAAAGGAAAGAAACUUGACCAGUGGAAACACUCCCCUUAAUUUUUAAUUUUGUAUUUUUAAGAAUUAUUGCUGACAUCCUACUUCUAAAAGCCUUCAAGCUCUGGUGCUUAUUUAGGUCAUGCUUGUGUGUGUUUUUGGAGAGGGGCGUGGCUGUGUGAGACUGGAAAUGGACUGUUGCUGCUGUUUGCAAAAUGAGUGGCUUUCAGGUGUUUUGCUGACACCAGUGUUUUCCUUGCUAAAAUUUGUAGGGGGAGGGAAGAAGGGUAGAGGGAAUUAACGUAUUUAGUUAUUGCUUCACAUUUAUUGUCAAGGUGGGAGGGGGAAAUGUUUUACCAUAUUUAUUACAUGCUUGCUUGCCUUUUUUUUUUGAAGAAAAAAAAUGGCUUAACUGUUGACUUCCUGUUGGCUGCAGAGUCUACGUGCAGCUGACUCUUCCAUGCUGGUCUCCUCUGUUCUUCAGUUCUCCUCAAGAAAUUGUUGCUUUGAAGCAUGUUUGGUUUUCUCAAUUCUGCCCAUGCAGGAAGGAGGUGGUUGAAAGCCCUGACACUUCGUUUAGAGUUGUGGCAAUGAGCCUCUGCUGCAAAUUUGGGCAACUCUAUUUGCACCUUGCAGAAGGCCUGUCAGUACUAUGGAGGAAUUCUGUAUUCCCAAAUAUCUGUGAGUUGCAAAGUGUCAAACUGGGAAGGAGUGCAAACCAAUUCUUCUAAGCAGUCUGCACUGUUUGAUCUUUAACCUGUUGGCUGCUUCACAUGUGGCAGUGCGGUAAGAGCCUGAAUCGUGUAACUGGCCUAAUGCCUGCACUGACUUAGUGAGAUGAAAUUGACAAGUUCCUCCAGUUGGGCUUGGUUUUGUGUGCCUGUUGAUCUCUUGGGAGGCAGAGCAUCUCCAGUGAAAAUAUCCAAGUGGCUUCAGGUGAUACAACCUGUUUGUUGAAAAACGGAGACAAUGACAUCAAUUCAUUGCUUACUUUAUCUGGCUUGCCAGGAAGCUGCAUGUUAAAACCCUGAAGUUCUAGGAGUUGUUUUCUGCCUAUAUCCAGGAGUCUCCUCCCAUGCCAUGAAUUUUCACAGUACUUCCAAGAAAGCACCUAGGUGAGAUGGUACUGAUGAAGUAUUUGAGGGGGUGGGGAAACAUUGAAAUAGAAACUUGUGGUUUCACUGUCUUCGCAGGAGAGAUCAUUAUCUGGAGGAACCAGCUUGAGAGCCUGGCUGCGGCAAACUAGAGUUUCCAAGUGCCCUUGGCUAUGAGGGUCCAGAUGCUAUUGCUAUCUGUGUGUGUGUGUGUGUGUGUGUGUGUGAGAGAGAGAGAGAGAGAGAGAGAGAGAGAGGAGAGGAGGAGGAAGAGAUACCAAGAAUAAUAGCAAAUGAUAAGAGAUAAUAUACAGAAAAGAGGAAUAAAGGUGAUCCCAAAUUAAUUGGUCUACCUGCAAAGCGCAGGUGUUCCCGCUCUGGAAAUGAUACUUGAGUUUUGAUUUGCAACUUCAUAAAAGUUCCCAAUGUGAAAAGCCUCAGUUUCUUGGGGCUGAUGAUGACACCUGUUCAAAUAAAACCAGCAAUAAAUGCAGUUCACCCUUGCUGUUCAGGUUUUAUUCCCCAUGACCGGUUUUUAAAUGUGUCAGAAAGGACAGCUCUUCAUCCCAAUUAUGAGGGUUUUCUUUUCUUUUCUUUUGUUGUUUUGUUUUGUAGCAUGACAAAAUGUGCAGCUUUUGCUCCAUUGAAGAGGAGCCUGAUGCUUUCCCUCACCCAAACACUUCCAUGAUAGGGAAGUCGUAAUUUCUCUAAAUCUCAAAAUGAAGUGUGUCGUCACUGAGAGAUUCCCCUGCACCAAGCUGUCACUUCUUUUGCAGCAGCUGAUGGAUUUGCGGCGGCUGGGUCACCUUUCCCUACCCAUCCACCUCUUUGCCAUUAGAUGAACUUUAUUAACUUAUUUUUCUCUUUUGUGUUUUACUGCAAUGGAGGCUGAACACUCCCCGUUUAACAGAAAGAAGUUCUUGUGAAAACAUGUGGUCCAUUAAGGCCUCCCUAUCCCUGCUGCGACAUCGCCUCAACAUUUCAUUAAUCUUUUUUGCCUCCUAUAAAUCUUCUUUUCCUAUGCGCUCCCACAUAUCUUCCACUUCUUUUUUGUUUUUAAAGAAGAAGCAGAAAGUCUAUUCCACCCUGUGCUACUUCUGCACUACAUAUGUACCUCUGUUGCACAGGAGUGGAUUGUUGCCCAAUUUGUGGCCGAUUCGAUGACUAAAACAUCCACUGGAAAUUCAGUGAACAAGUUCAACUGGUAGCUUGCUGGGUCAACCAGGCAACACUGUCACAGCCUUGUUGCUUGGUUGCGGCCUGUGUUCCAUUGAUAUAUGGCAUUUCCAAGCUGUUGCAUCUUUCUAACGAAGCAAACUUACAUGUUUAUGUGGUUUUUAAACUUUUGGAGGGCUAAAAAUGUAACUUGAAAGGGUUGAGGGAAAUACACUUUGUAAGAGCUG